UGCUAUCCAAACGGUUGUCUACGCUUCGCUUCGCCGAGAGGACCGUCAGGCACCCGCGUCGCCUCCCUUUCGCAGCGAGAAGCAGGACCGCAAUUCGGAGGCUGAACGAAUUCGCCGCCCCCCGAGGCGCAGCAGGGCCGAGGCUCCGAAGGGUGGACGUCAGGCGCCCCCGAGGCAAAGGGGAGGGGGAACGCCGCCGUUUUUCGGAGAGCUCGCCCCCUGAGGCAUGGAUGUCGGCGCCCUCCCUUCAGGCCAGAUCAGCGCGCCGGAGGCUCUGAGCGAGAGGGGUCCCCAUCAGCUGUCCGCUCGCCGCGCCCGGGAGCUCACCCUUCCAGUAUGUUUCUUUCCAUGAGGCCUCUCCCAGCGCCCAGAGCUUCAGUACAAUGUGCAGAUGGAGACUGAUACAGGGUGCCUCCGCCUCUGCCCACCUGCCUUCCUCCUCUUCCUCCGCCUCCUCUUCCUCCUCCAGCCGCGGCGGCUGUGGUUUCUUCCUGCUGCUCUUCCUGAUGUCUUCGCUGACCGCCUCCUGCCAUGAGCACGGCCGCGACAUGCUGCUUCUCGAGGCCACCAACGCCUCGUCGACUUCUUCUUCCUCCCCUUCCUCCUCCUCCUCCUCUUCUGCCGCCAGCGCGGGCAGACACGUGCGGAGCUACGAUCACCUCCGGGGAGAUGUGCGCUGGAGGAAACUCUACUGCUACAACAAGUUCUUCCUCCGGAUUGAGAAGAACGGGAACGUAAGCGGCACCAAGAAGGACAAUUGCCCCUACAGCAUAUUGGAAAUAACAUCUGUGGAAAUUGGAGUGGUGGCCGUUAAAUCCAUAAACAGCAAUUAUUACCUUGCCAUGAAUAAGAAUGGAAAAGUCUAUGGAUCUAAAGAGUUUAACAACGAUUGCAAACUAAAGGAGAGAAUAGAAGAAAAUGGAUACAAUACAUAUGCCUCAUUCUUUUGGAAAAAUAAUGGAAAGCAAAUGUUUGUGGCUUUGAAUGGAAAAGGAGGGACAAGGAAAGGACAGAGAACCAGGCGGAAAAACACUACUGCUCAUUUUCUUCCCAUGGUAGUCGACACACAAAUGAAGGACCUCUUCUAUUGAUAGCAGCUGAACCAAAGAUUUUGUCAGGAAUUUGUUGGUACUCUUCUCAAAGAGAAAAGGCAAAAACAGAGCAGGUGUCUGGUUGACUGCAAGGGAAACCUGUGAAGGUUCUGUACAAUCUGUUGAAACAUGAAGUACCUCUAAUUAGUUAUGUGUCAUAUCCUAUAAUCAAGACACAAGCUGGAUCAAAUGGGAUCAGAGCUUUUUCCAGUGCAAACAAAUUAUGAUUAUUAUUUUUUAUCUUGCCGAUAGAACUCAAAGGAUAUGAGACAAUGUAUUGAGUGAUGUUGGGGAAAGUUAUUUAUGGAAUACUAACUCAAAUCAUUAAGAACUUCAUCCAAGCCUAAUGAUCCAAUGAACAGUUAAGCAUUUACUGGAAGCACAUGGGUCAUACGCAGACAGAAGAAAAGAUUCUGGAAUGGUCUCAUAUGGAAGAGAUGAAUAGGAUUAAGAAAUAUAAGCAUAUUAAAGUUGUUUUAACAAAAUAAAUAGUAUGGUUCUCCAUCCCUUUGUAUGCUAAUGCCAUGCCUUUGUAUUUCUCCCUAAGUUAUUUAUUUAAUAGGAUGUUAAAUAUCUUUCUUCUCUUUUUUUUUCUUUUUUUUUUUGGGGGGUUGUUUGAAGGAUUUUCCCAGUUGCUUCCUGUUGCAUAGUGAUUCUUUUCCUGCCUGUCCAUAUUCUUUGCAAGAUUGACAAAGUCAAACCUUGAAAGCUUGCCCAAGUUUCCAAAAAUACAGAAAGGAUAACACAAAAGAAAAAUGUAGGAUUGUAGACUGUGUUUAAUCGUGUUGUCCCUUUUUUUUCUUUUCCUCUUGAAACUUGGCUUUUAAAAUUUGCACUUAAAAUCAAUAGGAUCAGAAACAAAUGGGAAUUGCAACAGGAUCUGUGUGUAUUUUAUCAGCAUCUUUGAUUAUUGCUUCCCUCACGGAUCCAAACUUCCUAUAAUGCAUCAUCUGAAGAGUUUUGCUGCUGUUUUGAAAUGGGCAAAAUUUAAUUGGAUACUCAAAUGUCAUUAAAUGCCUGACCUCAAAGGUAUUGAAAUUGAAUUAUAAUUAUCCUUUUUUUAGAACAAGGCAUAACUAUAUAUAGCCAUAUUUUAUACCAGUGUU